AGGAAGAAGGAUGACUAGAGGACAUGGUGAUCGCUGGCGCACAUCAACGGCCCGCGAAUCAUCAUCGCAAUGUGAUCACAACCACAAUACAAGCACCAGUAACAACAGCAGCAGCAGUGGCGGCCGCCGCCAAUCAUCAUAUACAUCAACAACAACAACAACAGCAGCAGCAACAACAGCAACAGCACCAGCAAUUACAACAUAACCAUACAAACAACAAUCCGAACAAUGGUAAUACGAUCAUCGCUACCGCCGCUGCUCCGUCCAAUGCAAUCGAACAUUUCAACGUAACAUCAAUUGGCGAAUUGUCCAACGUGCAAUUGAGCAGUAUAAAUGCACAGCUAGUGGGCGGCAGUGUCACACCCGAAGGUAAUCUGGUGACAAUGGGUGGCGUGGUCAUCGGCCGUAUACAUUCGGCGUCUUUGCAAAGCAACGGACACACACUGCAACCGCAAUUGCGUACAACAGCACAGCCGGCCACCAGAGAGGAACUGCAACAGUUGGGCGUGAUCAAGGUGGAGUCCCCAGCUGCUGAGUUUCAAAAUGAAGGAUGAGUCGAGUACGAAUUGCUGCUUGAGUAUAUGCUCAAGGAGGACGAGGAGGAUUACGCAGCCGCUUGCAAUGAUAAUAAAUUGAAUGCCAGCAGCGCCAGUGAUGCUAUUAAGGAUGUUGGUGGUGGUGGCCACCGUAAGAGCGAUGUUGUAGUGUGUGGUGAUGCAGUUGGCAGUAGUGAAAGUGCUGGUAAUUAAGAUCGCUUACAAGUGCGUGUGGCAUUCGCUAAGCGUAAUUAAAGCAAGCAUAUUGAAUUCGCGGUCGUAGUUAUUGUUGCUAUUGUUGCUAGUUAUUUAAAUGCAGAUAUCGAAAGUGAAGGAGAAAAGCAUAAUUAAAAUCACCAAUCAUCAUUAGUUUAUUACAAAAACUGCUGUUGUUGUCAACCUAUAAUCAUCAACGCCAUCAAAUUUKAAAAUGUAAUAAAGUGACAUUCUCUUAAACUCCAAAAGUAAAAAAAAAAAAAAUGCAAACCUAUAACAAAAUCAUGACACUUGCUCAUACACACAUAUGUACAUACAUACAGUGCUUCAACUGAUAUGGGAUUGUGUACGCUUUUCGAAACUCAAAAAAAAAAAAAAAAACUCAAACUCUAAUUUAAAUUCACACAAUUAAUGCAAAUAAUAAUAUUGAACACAACCGUUUCAAAUAAAUAAGGAAAAUUAUGAAAAUCAAAGAAAAAACAAACCUCUAUAGCCGUUAAGACAGAAAGUUGUAGCCGCAAACAUGAUAAAAAUAUCUAAAAAAAAAAA